CCGGUUAUCGAAGUCAUUCGCGCCUUUGGAAAAUUUGCAUUGUACAGUCAAAACAACGUUUAAACCCAAAACUGUGUGGAAUUCCACGUAACUCUGAGAAAAUAAUAAAUAUAAGCAAACCAUAGAGCUUCAAUGAACAUCUGCGAGGUGGAUGCUCAGCCAGAUGCGCUGCUCCAGCGCUACUAUGCCAGCUGCGAGCUCUUGGAACUGGACCCCAAGAUUCAGAUUAGCGCCAUGGCCACAUACAGGCGAUUCGAUGCAGAUGGCAGCCUGGCUGGGAGUGGAGGAGAUGACAUGGCUCAAGAGUGGCUAUGCUGUUCGGUAUACAGCGAGCUGCAGCGCGUGAAGAUCCGGGAGAUGAGAGAGGAGUCCAAGCGAGGAGCACCAAUUGAUCCAUCGGAUCAGAUUAAGAGCAGUUGCUGGAACCUGUCACUGACACGCCUCCUGCGAAGCUUCAAGGUGAACGUGUCUCAGUUUCUACGCCGGAUGGAACACUGGAACUGGCUGGCCCAGAACGAGGGGACUCUCCAGCUGGAGGUGGAGGAACUACAGCGACGACUCGGAAUCACUUUAACCCUGCGAAAGCAUUACAAGCACAUCUUCGAGAAGCUCUUUGUUCAGCCAGCCGAGGAUGCGGACUCCGAGGCAGUGGCACUGUAUAUGUCCUUGUAUGAGUUUGGUUGGCUCCUCUUCCUGGUGAUCCGCAACGAGCUACCCGGUUUUGCCACAUCUAGUCUGGUGAGCGGAUGUCAGGUGCUGGUAUGCAGCAUGGACCUGCUGUACGUUAAUGUUCUGGAGGUGUCCAGAUCCGAGGUCAUUCGUCGCGACUUUGCCGGAGUUCCUCCCAAAUGGGAUUCCGAGGAUUUCGAUAGUACCCUCCUGACCAAGUACAGUGCCUUGGAGGCUAUUGUUGACCUCAUUCCCCAGCUGCCGGCAAAAGGAGUAACUCAGAUGAAGAAAGCCUUUUUCCACAAGGCUUUAAUGGUGCUAUUCAUGGACCACAUCCUUCUGGGAAACAACAUUCACAUGCGCGAGAUCGUCAAAGAGGGUAUGCUGGACGUGAAUCUUGGUACUUUGAACAGAAAGUACGACACUCAUGUGGCCGACAUCAGUGAGAUGGAUGAACGAGUCUUGCUCUGCUUCCAGGAGCUGAAAGAAAAGCCAAAGGAUCCCAAAUCCGUCACACUGUCUAUCUCCACGACUUCGACCACUUUCUCUACGUCGAAGCACAAAAAACUGCUUUCCCAAAGCCUGCCACUAAAGCUAGCCCCUAAUAUCGUGGAGCGUCUGCAGGAUGAUGGGAAAAGUGUAAUAAAGCAUUUGGAGCAGACUCUAAAAAGUAUGGGCCAAAAGUUUAGUGCCGCUGCCAAGGAUUACAUAACGGCCCAGGAGGCUGAUGAGCGGUUCCGCUUAGCCAGCGGCUUGUACUACAAAUUAAUAGACAAAAUUGUGACUUCGGAGAUAGCCCUGAAGCCCUGGCUGAAGAUCAGCAAACUAAUCAAGCAGCCCACCCUAAACGAAACCCUUCUUGCCUGCUGCUUAGAAGUGGCACUGCAUGUCCAUCACGAGGACGUGGAUGGACUAAAAUUCCCCUUUAUCCUGGACUGUUACUCGCUUGAAGCCUACGAUUUCCAGAAGAUUUUGGAGGUGGUGGUGCGCCAUGAUCAGGGGCUGCUGGGGCGGGAACUGGUGAAGCACCUGCACGCUUUGGAGGAGGAAUGCCUGGGAUCACUAAUCUUCCGCAAGAACUCUCAGCUGUGGAGGAGUUUUGGUAAAGCGCUGCACUUACCCGGCUACCAGGAUGUCCAGGCGGAGGGCAAGGAAAACGCCUCGACGGGAGCUGAAAUAUGUCUGCGAAAGUUCUAUGAGUUGGCCAAGAGGCGGCUGUUCGUGCUCUGCCAGAGUAUCGGCCUGGUGGAUAACUUUGCGCGUAUCUGGCACCUGGCCGAGCACUCGUUUACCACCAAAGGAGGCCAGUUACUGCGACAGCGCAGUGUGGAUCAACUGCUUCUGUGCGCCAUCCAUCUGCACGCCCGCUUGGAGGAGCUGCGCCUCACCUUCAGUGCAAUCAUCCAGCACUAUCGACGCCAGCCGCAUGCUCGGAGCAGCGUAUAUCGCGCGGUGGCCAUGAACGAUGGGCAGACCGGAGACAUAAUCCGCUUCUACAACAGGAUCUACGUUCGCACCAUGGGCACUUUCGGGCGGCUGCUCCAUUGCCAGGAGCCUCUCGGGAAUAAACUGAAAAAAGAUCCAAAUGUUUUGCUGGAGGCAUCGCCCAUCGAGGCCCGUGUCGGUAGAAAUAUCUGCGUCUCCUCGCCCUCGCCGCCAAAUGUCUGUGUGAGGGAAUCCUGCUCUGCCAUCACUCUACAAAUAGACCGCGAGUCAUCGCCGGUUUCCGAAGAAGCACCCAAUCUGAAGCGCACGCUAUCCAACAAGGAACUGGGAGUGAUUAAGCGGCCGAACAUCCUGCGAAGACGCACCUGCUUCCAAUGAUCCACUGGUUGAAUCACCUGGCUGAUGUUUAUCUUGCUCCUCUAGGAUAGUUUGUAAAAUAUAAGCCUUAACAGACAUACCCUGAUCACUCGGACCUCUAUUAAAAGAUAAUCUCCUUACUGAAUAAAAAGAAAUGCGAACUGAAUAUGAGAACCCUGCUCAUGGAGCUGGGACCUAAAAAAUAUUUUAAAAUGUAAUACGAACCUAAUUUUUAUAUUUUUUACUGCAUUGAAUAGUAUUCUGGAAUCUUUCUUCAAUAAAUAUUAAAUCAAAAAGUUUUAGUAUGGAUCUCCAGAUCAGAUCAUUCCUAUGGAAGCAAUAAGUUCUGUCUGUUUAGACUCGUACAAGUAUUACACAGAAAUCCAAAAUAAAUACUCAAUUUUGGAUCGAGAGAAUAACAAUUAAAUAUCUUUGUAAAAAGAAGGAAUAUCAUUUUAAUAAAAAACACAUUUAAAACAAG